GGGGGUGUUCUGGCGGGGGCAGCAGCCACCCCUGUGCCGCACCAGCGAGCAGUAUGGCAGGCAAAGUGGUUGCAGAGUAGCGCGCCCUCGCUCGUCGGCUCCUUUAUUUCCUGCAGAACCUGCUGUUCGGUCCUUUGACCCUCGCAAGGGUGCUGGCGGGGCCGGGUCGCGGCCAGGGUGGGGUCCGUGCCGACCACCCUGAGGCGGCAGUCGUCGCCGCCGAGUGCGCCCGAGAAAAGGUGAAAUGUCAGGGCCGCAAGCUGGCGCGCUGCAAAGCUCCGAGCAGUGCGGAGGCCUGGUGCGCGAUGUUGUGCAUCCCCGUCGGUGGUGCAGCGCUUGAGAGUUUUCCUCCUCUCGGUUAUUGAUUCGAGCCCACUGGUCAUCUGCAUACACAUAAAACACAAUCAUGAGUGAACUUCAGGCCACCAUGGAAUUCUGCAUCGAGCUCUACAAGUUCUACAAUGUCGACCUAUUCCAGCGAGGGUACUACCAGAUUCGGACUGGCCUCAAAGUGUCCCCAAAGGUGCCGGUUAAAAUCGAGGUCAGCCUGCCCAGAGCGCAAGGAGAGUAUAAAAGUGAGAUUCGAGAGGAAAUUUGUCAGAUUUGUAAAUUAAUUUUGACGAAUUCAGAGGCUGAUUCGGUUUUUCCUGCUUGCGUUGUGAACGGCACCGGCGUGAGCAAAACCUUCCAGAUUUUGUACCGAAAUGAGGAGGUCCUUCUCGACGACGUCUUCACAUUCAGAGUGCACAUUUUGGUCGACAGUCAAAAGAUUGAGGAGACUCUGGAGCGAGCAGACUUCCAGCUGAUCGUGGAACUUUGGUUCUCGGACCAGACGUUCGCCUCGGAUCAACAAACGGCGAUCGCCAGCGUCUCUAGUCGCACUUUGCAGCUCAACUUCUCGCCCACGCGGGGCCUCCACUACCACCUGCCAGUGUUGUUUGACUAUUUCCACUUGGCGGCUGUCACUCUCACCAUCCACGCCAGCCUUGUCGCUCUCCAUCAACCGUACAUUAAGAAAAGCAUCCUACACUAUGUGCAAAGUUGUACUCCGAGAUCAAGUAAAACCUGGUUGGGCGGUUCUCAGAAGUUCAAUUUUCGGCCUCCUCCAUCUUCCAACAUGGACACGGUUUUCUUUGGCCAGCUGAACACGAACAAAUGUGUGGGGUCAGGGUCGUCGCGGAUCGCCCACGCGCGGCAUGUGCACCGUGAAGUGUGCAGCAUCCUUUUGGCCUCUUUUGAGGCUCUGCAGUCGCGGCUGCACGAAUUCAUGCGACUUCUUCCAGCGUGGCAGCAGCUGCGGCUCGAAAAGUCCGACUGCGUCUCCAGGUACGCGACGCUGAGCGAACUCUCAAAGGACACGCAUCAUCGCAGUAAUCUUCUGUACGGCACCCACGGGACCCGAUCCGCAACGUCGACUCCACCUUGGGAGAGACUCAGGUCUGUUGAAGGCGAGGAGGAGUUCGUCGCCCUCGCCAACUCAGACAUUGCCCAGUUGUGCGCCGAAAACAUUUUACUGUGGCAGCAGUUCUUGGAAGCUUUCAGUUGCAAGGAGCCAGUCCACCAACACUUGGCCAGAGUUCACCACCAAUUACGAGUGAAACGAUUCGCCGAGGCGUUCUUCGUCAUAGACAACCCUCGGCACAGCGCCGGCGGUUGUUACGACGCUAAUUAUCAGAGUUACUUGACGGUCAGUGAAGCUGUGAGGCGAUCACGGUACCUCGCGGCUCUGCCUCCACUUCCGGUGUCGUGUGCCGAACUCGACGGAGAGCUCACUUCGAUGCCAAUUAUCUUCGAGGAUCAGUAUCAAGACGUGGCCGAGUUUGCAAGGAGGAGAAGUGGCACUGGCAGAAAGGCGGGCUCUGACCCGUUCUUGAGCGCCACCGCCAAUGACAAAGAGUCGUCGAGCUUGGGUGGUGGCUCUCUGAACGCAAUCGCGAUUUCGAACCCCACGCCGCCGCAACACACGCCGUCGAGCACCCCCGCCAGCGUGCAAAACUGCACGCAGGGUUCGACGCCGCUGCCCCCCGACGACUGCAGCUGCGGCAUCAACGCCAUCCUCGAGUCGCGCUCGCAGAAAAUCCAGCAAGUGGUCAAAACCGGACUGCAGCCGGCGCCGUCGCUCAACCGGGCCAGACUCCAGCACCAGCCAAAUCACCUUCGCUCCAUUCCCGCCAACUCGGCCCCGAACUCGGCCUCGGCGUCCCGAGACGAACUUCUGCUGGCAGAAGCUUUCGCCUCCAUCGUCAACAACUCGUCCAGUCCGCAGCAGGCUGGCGAAGUGCUCAGGGCCACCCUGACGCUCACACCCAGGGUCAAACCGUCCGACGUUCUGGACACGAGUACUCUUCCUGGUUUUAGGAGGUCUUUGCCUUCGCACAGCAAGUCUUUAGACUACCUGAAAAACGGCACUGGUCGCUCUUACCCCACCCUGGUCGACAUUCCACCCCCUCUGCCGCCACACGGUCCUCACGAGCCACCCUCCUUGGAUCUGAUUCCGCCGAGCAGUGCCAGGGUAAAAAUCGCCAGGUCGAGGUCAACGCAAAUCAGACGUCAACGCAGCGAGGAGGAGAGACUCCUCAGCCAGCUUGCCCUGGCUCAUCAGCGUGAAAAAGAUCUGCGAAACGCUUUGCAACUUGAGCUGCACAAACUUCCGCAGACGCCGACCAACAAGCAACGGCGGCGGACGCCGCCGCCGAAAAUGGUGAACGGAGAGAAUUCCUCGUCGGACUCGAACGGCCCGAGUUCCGACUCGACGGCGCUCGUCUCCAGCAACAAUAGGAAGUUGGAAACGAGCGUCAGCGUCCCGUACUCCCUCAGCGAAACCCUGAGGCAUUCCCAAAGCACCAUGUCCGUUCCUGCCAUUUAUUGGAGGGGAAUCACUGAUCUCAACAGCGAGUCCAUGCCUAAUCUCGGCACCACUCCCCAGGUGGAAGUAAACUCUCUGUCGCCUCAAUCAUCAUCACCGCCAACACUGCCACUGUCGGCGCCGCCAAUUCCCAGCCCCUCGACGCACAACCCACCCUUCCCGAUUUUCCCUCCCACCACCGACCUUCUCCAGCCGGGCGCCCUGAAGAAGAACGAGCAGCUCAGUUCGUCGGCCAGUGACAUCACCUCCGAACAAAGCGGGUGGGUGUCCAACUCGAGUAGACGAUCCUCCAGGGACGUGUCCAGUGGACAACUGACGCCUGAGGAGUAUAACAACAACAUCAACGACAAUCUGGGAAAGCUGAUCAUUAACGACACGGCCAUGGUCAAUGGGGAACAAUUAAAGGCCAAACUAGAGGAGUUGAAACAGUUUAGUGUGAAAAUGAGAAACAAAGCGCCCAACACUGCCAAGGCCCUUCUGCAAUACCAGGCCAAGCACCCCUACGAAGAGGUGCCGCUGCCACCACCGAAGCAGUUCCGCGACCCGCCCCUAUUCGCACCCUCGGAGGACGAGGACGAGUCUGUGCAGAAGCCACCGGUGAUGUCGAUGCCCAACAUUCUGCAGCAGCCGCUCAGAAUUCCCAAACUUCCGCCAGAGCAAUUCAGAGACUCCCCCGUCAGGAACAACGUGCUGAGAAGACAGAUUUCUCAGCAACUUGAACCUUUCCACGUGUACGAGAGCUUAUCGGACUUUGUGGCCAUCGAGGGAAAAGUCUCCGCGCUGGCCAGGAAGGCCGACCUGAUGCUGCCAGGAAACACUUCGACCCUGCCGCCAAAACUUCCCAACAAGCUGACGCGACUGCCAACGGAGAAAUCGGCCACCAUCAGCAGACUGCCGGACAAACGCAGCGCCAACCUGUCCGACCCGCAAAUCAACAAACGCACCAACCAAAAUCUGUCGCCAAAAGCUGACCAACAGAAGACUUGUUCCUGUCCGAGCGACCCCCUUCUGCCGCCCCCGGGGGCGCCCAGCCCCCAACACGUGGCCUGCGAGUGUUUCAAGGAGAACAAACCGGCCGAGGCCCCUGCAACGCCCAACGUCAAUUCUUCACCCAACAAUGGAGGCGAAACCAUCGAGGACUUGCACAACAAACAGCAAAAGGCUGGCACGGUGGAGGACGACGUCCUCAACUUCCUCAAGUACAAAGAAGACUUCAAGCGACAGAUGAACUUCUCAGGAAUGCUGUGCAGCUCUAUUAUGGAUCACAGCGACUUUCCCACCCUCGCGUCCACCCUGCCGUACUUCCACAUCAGCGACGAGUACCGGAUCUUCUCGCCCGAGGGGCUGCACCUCAUCGUGUGCGUGCACGGCCUCGACGGCAACUCGGCCGACCUGCGGCUCGUCAAGACAUAUCUGGAGAUGGGACUGCCAGGCGCCAACCUCGAGUUUCUCAUGUCGGAAAGGAAUCAGGGUGACACGUUUUCAGACUUUGACACUAUGACUGAUAAGUUAGUAGCCGAGAUUUUGUUCCACAUCGGUGCUUGCAGCCUGAAUCCGGCCAAGAUCAGCUUCAUCGGCCACUCCCUGGGCAACAUCAUCAUCCGCUCAGCUCUCACCAGGCCUCAGAUGAAGCCACUGCUCAGCAAAUUCCACACUUUUCUCUCUCUGUCCGGCCCGCACUUAGGCACCAUGUACAACUCCAGCGGCCUCGUCAACAUGGGCAUGUGGUUCAUGCAGAAGUGGAAGAAGUCGGGGUCGUUGCUGCAACUUUCGCUGAAGGACUCGCCGGACGUGCGGCAAACCUUUUUGUACCGGCUGAGCCAAAAGUCCAACUUGCACUGCUUCAAAAACAUUCUGCUCUGCGGCUCCAGUCAGGACCGAUAUGUGCCGCUCCACUCCAGUCGCAUCGAGCUGUGCAAAGCCGCUGUGAGGGACACCACGGUUCAAGGUGCCGCGUAUCGGGAAAUGGUGCACAACAUCCUGACGCCGAUCAUCAACAAGCCGGAGGUGACGUUUGUGCGGUACGACGUGCACCACGCGCUGCCCAACACGGCCAACUCGCUGAUCGGCCGCGCCGCGCACAUCGCCGUGCUCGACUCGGAGCUCUUCAUCGAGAAGUUCCUCGUCGUCACCGGACUCAAGUACUUCAGAUGAAAGGACGAACGCCGCCGAAGCAAAAGUGCUCCCCCCACCCCCAACCUGACCACGCGUCCCCCAAUGCGUCAAUCCUUUCACUGUUGAGUGCGAAUUCCGCCGAAGAAAAAGUAAAAAAAAAGUGACAGAUAUCGACGUUUUCGUGUUUCCUCCCGAGAAAUUAACUGAGACCAAAAACUUACACAAUUCUCUUUUGGUUGCUCAAAAAUUUUCUGCAAAAGGAAAAAGAAGACACCAAAAUUUAAAAAAAAUCCAAUCUCUUAAAUUGUUUUCUCGUUUGAAGGAAAAAAUAUGUUAAAAAUUAAAUGUAACGCAUUUUUCAUUCUUGUCCUUUCUGGAAAACCAAUUAAAGUAUGAAAUGUUAUAUAGAUUUACUAACGGAAUAAACAACAAUAAGUGUAAAACCCAGAUAUAUACGGAGAGCUUAGCGCUGAAUCGACAGAGCACAACAUACAGCUGUUUUGAACGGAGAAAGAAAACCUCGAAUCUAUUUUGACUCGGUAUUAUAUAUACAUGUAAACGUGACAACUUUUGACAAAAGAGAUUAAUUAUUAUGAGAAAAAAAAAUGUGUAUUUAUGGAUAAAAAAGUUGAAAAAUAUAUUUCGUAAAAAGAUGCAUAAUAUGUAACGUCGGUAUACAUUCGUAGGCGUUUAAAAUUUUAACAAAAACAUUUCCAGGAUGUAAAAUUUGAAACGACGAAAAAACGGCAGCACAAAACUUCCCUUUAACAGACAAGCAGAUUUGAACUGAAAAUAAAAAAUACGCAGGAAUUUGAAAAAAAGGAGCCGGACAGGUUUGACCAAAAUUUCUUAGAGUAAAUUUGUAAUUUCUUCCCAUAAAUAGUGGAAAUUAAAAAAAAAAUAAAGCUACGAAAGUGGUGCUUAUUUUUUAAAUUAUACUUUUUAGAUAGAAAUGAGCCUAAUUUAAAAAAUGGUUUCCUAAUUUGCUUGAUAAUAAAAUUAUAAUUUUGUUACUACUGGAUACGAAUUUAAAAAUGCUCAACUGCAAUAAUGCGAUUUCCUUCGGUCAAAGCUCAAGGUUUUAUCACGUCGCAUCCAAAACUUGAAAGAAGAAAUUUUUAAAGCAUCUCAAAAUUGGAAAAAGCGUGACUUCCUCUCUCUCUCACACAUACUUGUACUGCUUAAAAAAUUAUGACAAAGUUUUUUGAAAAGCUCAAAAACUUACGUAUAUCUCGUACUAAUUAUGUAUCAUUAAUUAAUUACUCAUUAAAAACACAACACACUUUAACCCGAAAACUAACGUUACCGAAACAAUUUUAUAUUGGUGGUCGUUUGAUGAAACAAGAAAAAAUAAUAUAGAAGAUAAUUUUAAAAGAGAGCGAAUGCGUAUGUUAUUGAUUGGUUAUUGUAUUAACAAAAAAAAUGUAUAAUAUUAAUUAUUAUUUGCAAAGUAGGAUUUUUGACAAAAAUCAAUGAGAUUGGUAUAAAAAAACUAAACUCAUACGCAACCUCUUGCUGUGAUUCACAACCGAUUACCACUGAUUACAUGUUGGACGACCAGGCAUGGGAUACGGUUGAAGACGGAAAGGAGCAUUGACAACAUUUUAUUACAGUUUAAUAAAAAUCUGUCAA